AUGGCGUCGACGGCAUCUAUGGCACCAUACGCGCUCGUUGCAUCCCCAAAGGCUAAUCGCACUCUUCACUUCAAGAUUGACCAGCAGCCUUCGCGGUACGAGAGAUACGUUACCGAAUUCUUUCUGAACCAGAAGCCUUGGCAACUGUACCACUCACAGAUGGGACCGCUGCUAUUCGUUGAAAACGUCUCGGCCGUGGAGCCCCCUGUGGUGGGUGGUUUGCCGUGGGGAACCACAGUCGACGUGAUCGUCCAGAACACAGUCGACGAAGUGAUGCCACUCUACAAGCACGGCGACCCCAUGUUCCUUGUCGGUUCUCAGCCCAACGCAACCUGGAAAUGGGACACCGUGGAACAUGCGCUCGCAGCCGGAGUAAAGCACCUCAAUGUCCGAGAUCCCCCUUUGCAGCUGGUUCAUGAUGUGCCACCCCUGGGUUGGGCAGUACUCCGGUGGCAGAUUCGGGUCCGUGGGGCCACCAUGCUACACUCCAACAAGUUCAAAUACUACGCGAUGGGCAUGUCUGUACCCCUGCUGGAGGGCAUGAAUUCAAGUAUGCGGGACGAGGUGCCAGACCAUGUGAAGCACAUGCCGCAUGUUGAAUUCGCGCCGAAGAAUGAUGGAGUGUUUGGUUAA